AUUAAACGCAUUUUAUGUUUAUAAAUAUACAUUUUAUUAAUUCCAGUAGCCGAUGUGGACGUCAGCAUGUGGGAUUGUGUAUAAAUGGCCUAGCUUCGAUGAUCACUUGAACCAUGACUCGUGUCCAGAAGAGAGCCUGCAGAAUAAUUCGGGACGGGUCGUACACCAGCUACCGGGGAUGCCCUCGGAAUCAUGUCAUUGGAGAGCAAACGGGAGCAGAUUUGCCUGGCAUUUGCUAAAUCCCUGCAGAACUCAGUUUGCAGACUGGCUCCCCCCAACUAGACAGCAGACUACUGGACGGGCAACUGGCGACAGCCACAAACGGAACACUCCCAUGACACGCACAGGCUGCUUAUCGGAACUUUCCCAUUCCGUACUUCACUAAACUGAUCAAUGCACACACCAUACAGCCCAGGGGCCUUAAUAAUGCCUUCUUAAAAGCUCCUAAGAUAUAUUUUCUUUAGCUGCCACCCCAAACAUUGUCGUUGUAUUAUUGUUGUCUUCUAUAUAUUGCAUAGUUUAACAUUGUAUUACAUGUUUUGCUUGUUUAGGAUUUUACUAUUUGAUGAUUGUUAAGUGGUUUACACAAUUCAGUCUAUAUGACUGCAAGAAACUAAUAAACAUACUACUUACUAUUACUGGGCACAAAGCAGAACAUUAGACAAGAGGACCCUUAUCGUUUUAGCUCUGAGUGUUUCCCGUGUUCACAUCGGACCACGAACAAUGUAACGUACUUCCGGUGCUUGUUUGGCUGGCAAUUUGAAAUGUGUACAAUGUGAAAUCGUGUUGUUUUCAUAGAUUUAAUGGCAAUCUUAUCAAAUGACACAGCCAACAUCACUACUACAAGAGUCCUAUAGUGACAUAUACUAGUUUAACGUCACUUUCUAGUCUCUAUACUAUGUUUAAAAGGAUGGCUGAAUUUGGACCAGAUUCCGGGGGUAGAGUGAAGGGUGUUACGAUCGUCAAACCCAUCGUAUUCGGAAACGUUGCUCGGUAUUUUGGAAAGAAGCGAGAGGAGGAUGGACACACUCACCAAUGGUCUGUGUAUGUGAAACCAUACAGAAACGAGGAUAUGUCUGCAUAUGUGAAGAAAAUACAGUUCAAGCUACAUGAAAGUUAUGUGAAUCCACUCAGAGUGGUGACGAAGCCUCCGUACGAGAUCACAGAGACGGGCUGGGGAGAGUUUGAGAUCAUUAUCAAGAUGUUUUUCAUCGACCCCAAUGAGAGGCCGGUGACUCUCUACCACCUACUGAAGCUCUUCCAGUCAGACUCUAGUGCCAUGCCCAAGAAGACGGUGGUCUCUGAAUUCUAUGAUGAAAUGAUCUUCCAGGACCCCACAGCCAUGAUGCAGCAGCUCCUCAGCACCUCUAGACAGCUGACCCUGGGGGCCUAUAAGCACGAGACUGAGUUUGCGGAGCUGGAGCUGCGGACGCGGGAGAAGCUGGAAGCAGCGAAGAAGAAGACCAGUCAGGAGAUCACAGACCUGAAGGAUAGACUGAAGGCCAGCAGAGAGACCAUCAACUUCCUGAAGGGAGAGAUACGCAAGCUGGAGGAGGAGGACCAUAUCAAAGACCACUGAUACAUACACACACACUGGGUGAAUCUCAAUUGUAUUUUCUGGAUUCCUCAUACCUUCUCUCCUUGCAUCCUUCUCAAAACCCAUUGGAACACAAGAUGUGAGGUUCCUUGCCUUGGAUCUUCUCUUCCUAUGUAUUUUGAGAAGGAGAUGAGAGAGGAUGCAAUGACUCAUAGAAAUACAAUUGAGAAACACCCUAAAUUCCAAAUCAACCUAUAGGCCAUCUUCCCUAGGCACCCCUGUAGAUCUGAAGGGUUUGGAUAGGUGGAUGCAAUAUGGUACUUGUGACUCACCUUGUCUUCUGAUUUUUGAUAGGCUGGAGUUUCUGCCUUUUUUCAUUCCACCUAUCCAACCCCUUCAGAGCAAAUGGAGGGGCUAGGGAGGAGGUGCUCGGGAGGAGGGGAUGGAUUUGGACUUGCCCUAGUCUGGAAUCCACACAGAAUAUCACUCCGUUUUACGAUUGUUUAAUUCCAUAAUAUAAUAUCUCGGAUACUUCGCAGAUGCUUUCAUCCAAAGUGACUUAGUCAUGUGUGCGUACAUUUGUCGUACGGGUGGUCCCUGGAAUGGACUCCACCAUCCUGGCAUUACUAGCACCAUGCUCAUCCUGACAGAGGACCUCCACAUCAUUGUUAUGGAUGACGUCACAUUGCACUAACAAUAGAGAAAUGUAGAGGUAUUCAGUUUGAAUUCCAGACUUAACACUGCCUAGCAGAAUGGUUCUAUAUGAUCCUGUACAUAACUAGAAAACUGAAGAUAAUCAAUGUUAGUUUCUCUCCACUCAGAUUUACCACAGAAAGCUCUCAGUGCAACAUGUUACAUUUGUGUAGACUGGUCUGAAUGUGAAUCGGGUUUGUGCUUCUGUUUUUAAACUGAAUUUUGAUGUAAAACAGUUUGUCUUUGAUUUCUCCUUUUGUAUAAAAUGAUUAGAACACGAUUGUUAGAACUGAUGGAUCAAACAUGUCUUAGAUGCUAUUCGGGGUAAUUUACAGAUGAUUGUUUUGUCAAAGAUUGAUCUCUUAAACACGUCUGGAUAGCCUGGGCAUGCCAUUGCCAACUGUCUCGGGAUCAAUACAUGUGUCAACCCUUUUGA